AUGUACGUGGGCUAUGUGCUGGACAAGGACUCCCCCGUGUACCCCGGCCCCGCCAGGCCCCCGAGCCUCGGCCUGGGCCCGCAAGCCUACGGGCCCCCGGCCCCGGGGCCCCCGCAGUACCCCGACUUCACCGGCGGCUACUCGCAUGCGGAGCCGGCCCCCGCGCCUCCGGCGGCCUGGAGCGCGCCCUUUUCGGUGCCCAAGGACGACUGGGCCGCGGCCUAUGGCCCGGGCCCCGCGGCCCCGGCGGCCAGCCCAGUCCCGCUGGCAUUCGGGGCCCCUCCGGACUUUAGCGCGGUGCCCGCGCCCCCGGGGCCCGGCCCGGGCCUCCUGGCGCAGCCCCUGGGCGGCCCGGGCGCGCCGUCCUCGCCCGGAGCGCAGAGGCGGACGCCCUACGAGUGGAUGCGGCGCAGCGUGGCGGCCGGAGGCGGCGGUGGCAGCGGGAAGACCCGGACCAAGGACAAGUACCGCGUGGUCUACACCGACCACCAGCGCCUGGAGCUGGAAAAGGAGUUCCACUACAGCCGCUACAUCACCAUCCGGCGGAAGUCGGAGCUGGCUGCCAACCUGGGCCUAACCGAGCGGCAGGUGAAGAUCUGGUUCCAAAACCGGCGGGCCAAGGAGCGCAAAGUGAACAAGAAGAAACAGCAGCAGCAGCAGCAGCAGCAGCAGCCCCCGCAGCCACCACUGCCAGCCCAUGAAGUCACCCCCCCUGCCGCUGGGCCGCCCCUGGGGGGCCUGUGCCCCAGCUCCGCUGGCCUCCUGGGGGCCUCCUCCCCAAUGCCAGUCAAGGAGGAGUAUCUGCCUUAG